AUGCCUCACGGCUGUUUCUUUUAUUCUACACCGAGCUCGACGACAUCGUCAACGUCAGACUUAUCGACAGCUUACCGUCGACGACGACGAAGACAGUACCAUAAAAUUUCAUUAGAAAAUCAUAAAAUCAAUUCGCUUACAUCUAUAUGGACUGGAAGUAAUUGGACGCUGCCAGUCAAGAAGACUAUGUUAUUCAAUUAUUUGCUGGUUUUUCUAAUUAUACCUAGCGCUUAUGGUCUAUUUCCACCUUUUCUAACUAAUCCUCGACCGCUGUCUGAUCUUUUAUUCGCUCUUGAUAACCCCACCGGAUGUGGAGAAGUAAUGCCAGCUUAUGCUUUAUUACAUACGGCUGUACAACUGCGUUAUCCUCGACUAUCUGAUUUGGCACAAUUUUUUGCCAAUCAUCCAACGUCUUUUGAUGCCAAAUUGAUAACAAAUUGUACAUUUAGUCGUGAGCCUCCGAUUCCUAUAUAUGAAAAUACCAUGAGAUCAGCUUCACCAUCGCCAGCGUAUGGUCUUCAAUAUACAUGCUCAGAGAGAGGAACAUUACCUGGUCAAUGGAUUCCAACAAUUGUCUUUCCGUCUCAUGAUCCAAAAAAUGCGAAUCAGAAAGCAUAUCUAACUCUGCGUCUUAAUUUCGAGAUUGAUUUAUGUCAGCCCGUUCAUUGCAAUACAAAGUGUUCAUGGACUGUUCAUUAUGGCCUACGAGUGCUAGCCAAGCAAUGUUGUGAUGACAAUUCAACCCUCUGUCGGACGGACAUCGAACACGGCGCUUUUUUUGCUACAAGAAGGCAUAUGUUAUUGCUUUUUAACGCUUUAUGUGCUAUUUCUUGUAUUUUUCUAAUACCUGUUGUCUGGAGAGAACGACGAAGGCAACAUGAGGCACGUGGAUGGGCUCUUAUGGAGCUUUUCCUGUUAGGAGCCAGUAUUCUAUACUCCAUUCUCUUGUUGGAUUGGCUUUCUCCACCAGAGAUGGGUUGUUGUAUUGCUGUGUGGUUGAGGCAAAUUGGAUUUAGCAUCUUCUACGGAAGUAUCGUUUUAAAGAUUUAUAGGAAUCUGCAGGAAUAUCGCGUUCGAAAAGCACAACAUGUCUCAGUAAGAGAAAAAGAUAUGGUUAAAUAUUUGGCAGCCAUGUUAGCCUUAACAGUGACAGGUUUAAUGGCGUGGACUGUUGGAUCCUGGGGGGAUCCAGAGUUGUGGAGGACAGCAUGGCCUCAGUGUCUUAUGCAAGGCUGGCAUUUCAUUUGGCACGGCUACGAAGUUCUAUUUCUUCUGUAUGGAAUGCGUUUAUGCUACAAAGCACGCAAUAGUGAUUGGUUAGAACGAUGGCAGUUUACAGUUGCAGUAUGUUUAGAAGCAGUCAUCACUUGCGUAGCAAAUAUAAUAAGAUAUUGGAUGCGAAACUCAGGUCAUAGUGACACACUUUUCACCGUGUCUUUCGUGCAGUUACAACUCACUGUUUCUGUUAACAUUGUAAUCAUUAUCGCGCCAAAAUUCUACCUGAAGGUUUCCGGAGAAUCAACCCGAAGGUCCAUGACUCUUGGCGGCCACUCAGGAAGGGCUCAUCCUUCAUUGGCCAAACUUAGAGACAAUAUAUUGAAUGGUACCAUAGACUUCGCAGAAGUUCCUAUUGUAGAUAUGAACCCAGAGGAUAUCAGAGCCGAGCUCAAGAGGGUUUAUACACAACUUAGGAUGUAUAAACUAAAAAAUCUCUAUCAGGACAACCCUCACAUCAGUAAAAAACGUGGAGGAAAAAAGUGGAGUGACAAAACUGGAAAAACGAGAAGGAUAUCUAUACCUAAUUGCUCCCCCCAGAAUAAAAGAAUAGAGGAGGACGAAAAAAGUGAUCUAACUGUUGAAUCUUCACCUCAUAAUGUCUAUCUUAGUACUUAUAAGCUCCAAUUGGAGCCAAACCAUUCCGUUCGGGUAUAA